AAUGCCCAAAGCAGCCACAAUUAACAUCCACCCGGCCUCCUAUAAAUUUGCCACCUUGGUCCUCUCUUAUCGUCAUCGGAACCUCAAAGCUCUUGUUAAGACAGAGAGUUGGUGCCCUGAGCUUGAGUGAGAGAUGGCAGCAGCAGCACCCGCAGAGACGAUGAACAAGUCCGCCGCCGGCGCCGAGGUUCCCGAGGCGUUCACAUCGGUGUUCCAGCCGGGGAAGCUUGCGGUCGAGGCGAUUCAGGUGGAUGAGAAUGCGGCGCCGACACCACCGAUCCCGGUGCUGAUCGUCGCACCCAAGGAUGCAGGAACCUACCCCGUGGCCAUGCUCUUGCACGGCUUCUUCCUCCAUAACCACUUCUACGAACACCUUCUCCGGCACGUCGCAUCCCACGGCUUCAUCAUUGUCGCGCCCCAGUUCAGCAUCAGUAUCAUACCUUCGGGUGACGCAGAGGACAUCGCCGCGGCAGCCAAGGUGGCAGACUGGCUCCCCGACGGCCUCCCGUCCGUGCUGCCCAAAGGCGUCGAGCCGGAGCUCUCGAAGCUCGCCUUGGCCGGCCACAGCCGAGGAGGCCACACGGCUUUCUCCCUGGCCUUGGGGCACGCCAAGACCCAGCUAACCUUCUCCGCGCUCAUCGGACUCGACCCCGUCGCCGGCACGGGGAAGUCCUCCCAGCUCCAGCCCAAGAUCCUCACCUACGAGCCGUCCUCCUUCGGCAUGGCGAUGCCGGUGCUGGUCAUCGGCACCGGGCUCGGCGAGGAGAAGAAGAACAUAUUCUUCCCUCCCUGCGCACCCAAGGACGUGAACCACGCCGAGUUCUACCGCGAGUGCAGGCCGCCCUGCUACUACUUUGUGACCAAGGACUACGGGCAUCUGGACAUGCUGGACGACGACGCCCCCAAGUUCAUCACCUGCGUCUGCAAGGAUGGGAACGGGUGCAAGGGCAAGAUGCGGAGGUGCGUUGCUGGGAUCAUGGUGGCAUUUCUUAAUGCUGCCUUGGGUGAGAAAGAUGCAGAUCUUGAGGCCAUACUGAGAGACCCGGCGGUUGCACCCACCACGCUUGAUCCGGUUGAGCACCGCGUGGCGUGAAGCAGCAGCUGGCUCAUGCCAAAAGUUAACCAGCCGCAGGUUGGUCCACUAAAUAAAGUACAGAUGUACUGUACCUCUGAGCAAUUUGCUUCACUUGUUCAUGCAAGCUAAAACUGCUGCUGCUUUACUUCUUGCUCCUGCGAGCCUGCAAUGGUACUUCUGCUCUGUUUCCAGAUGUAUACUACUCCUGUGAGUAUAAUCUUGUUUUUCG